CAACCCCCCCACCAUGAGUAGCGCUGUGUUAGUGACUCUCCUUCCAGAUCCCAGCAGCAGCUUCCGAGAGGAUGCUCCGCGGCCCCCGGUUCCGGGAGAAGAAGGGGAGACCCCACCGUGCCAGCCCAGUGUGGGCAAGGGCCAGUCCACCAAACCUAUGCCCGUCUCCUCCAAUGCUAGGCGGAAUGAAGGUGGGCUGGGGGAGCCCGAGGGGCGGGCCUCUCCCGAUUCCCCUCUGACCAGGUGGGCCAAGUCUUUGCACUCCUUGCUGGGCGACCAGGAUGGCGCGUACCUCUUCCGGACUUUCCUGGAGAGGGAGAGAUGGGUGGAUACCCUGGACUUCUGGUUUGCCUGUAAUGGGUUCAGGCAGAUGAACUUGAAGGAUACCAAAACUUUGCGGGUAGCCAAAGCGAUCUAUAAGAGAUACAUCGAGAACAACAGCAUUGUCUCCAAGCAGCUGAAACCCGCCACCAAGACCUACAUCCGAGACGGCAUCAAGAAGCAGCAGAUCGACUCUGUCAUGUUUGACCAGGCACAGACUGAGAUCCAGGCGGUGAUGGAGGAGAACGCCUACCAGGUGUUUUUGACUUCUGACAUAUACCUCGAGUACGUGAGGAGUGGGGGAGAAAACCCAGCUUACAUGAACAGUGGGGGCCUGGGGAGCCUAAAGGUUUUGUGUGGCUACCUCCCCACCUUGAAUGAAGAAGAGGAGUGGACGUGUGCGGACUUGAAGUGCAAACUCUCACCCACCGUGGUUGGCUUGUCCAGCAGAACUCUGCGGGCCACAGCAAAUGUGAGAUCCGCGGAAACGGUUGAAAAUGGGUUCAGGUCCUUCAAGAGAAGCGACCCAGUCAACCCUUAUCAUGUAGGUUCUGGCUGUGUCUUUGCACCAGCCACCAGUGCCAAUGACAGUGAGAUAUCCAGCGAUGCACUGACUGAUGACUCCAUGUCCCUGACGGACAGUAGCGUAGAUGGAAUCCCUCCUUAUCGCAUGGGGAGUAAGAAACAACUCCAGAGAGAGAUGCAUCGCAGUGUGAAGGCCAAUGGCCAAGUGUCUCUACCUCAUUUUCCGAGAACCCACCGCCUGCCCAAGGAGAUGGCGCCCGUGGAACCCGCUGCCUUUGCCGCUGAGCUCAUCUCCAGACUGGAGAAGCUGAAACUGGAGUUGGAAAGUCGCCACAGCCUGGAGGAGCGGCUACAGCAGAUCCGGGAGGAUGAAGAAAAGGAGGGGUCUGAGCAGGCACUGAGCUCACGGGACGGAGCACCGGUUCAGCACCCCUUGGCCCUCCUACCCUCUGGCAGCUAUGAAGAAGACCCACAGACCAUUCUGGAUGACCACCUGUCCAGGGUCCUCAAGACACCUGGCUGCCAGUCACCUGGUGUGGGCCGCUACAGCCCGCGAUCCCGCUCCCCCGACCACCACCACCACCAUCACCAUCAGCAGUACCACUCCCUGCUUCCGACCGGGGGCAAGCUCCCCGCUGUGGCCGCUUGCCCGCUCCUUGGAGGCAAGAGCUUCCUGACCAAGCAGACGACGACGACGACGACAACAAAGCAUGUUCACCACCAUUACAUCCACCACCAUGCUGUCCCCAAGACCAAGGAGGAGAUCGAGGCAGAAGCCACACAGAGAGUACGCUGCCUCUGCCCUGGGGCCACGGAUUACUACUGCUACCCUAAAUGCAAGGGCCACCCCAAGGCUCCAGAACCCCUGCCCGGGGAGCAGUUUUGUGGCAGCAGAGGCGGAACCUUGCCCAAACGAAAUGCGAAAGGCACAGAAGCUGGUCUGCCACCACCCGCCAGGGAAGGAGGGCAGUCCUGUGGAGCAGUGGCCCCUCAGCUUCCUGGGGAAGAAGGAGACCGGUCCCAGGAUGUGUGGCAGUGGAUGCUAGAAAGUGAGCGGCAGAGCAAGUCCAAGCCCCAUAGUGCCCAAAGCAUAAGAAAGAGCUACCCAUUGGAGUCUGCCCGUGCAUCCCCAAGUGAACGAGUCAGCCGGCACCAUCUGUUGGGGAUCAGCGGACACCCCCGCUCGGUGGCCCGGCCUCACCCGUUUACCCAAGACCCUGCAAUGCCUCCCCUAACCCCACCCAACACUUUGGCGCAGCUGGAGGAAGCCUGCCGCAGGCUGGCAGAGGUGUCAAAGCCCCAGAAGCAGCGGUGCUGUGUGGCCAGUCAGCAGAGGGACAGGAACCACUUGGCCACCAGUCAGGCAGGAGCCACACCCUUCUCCAACCCAAGCCUGACCCCAGAAGAUCACAAAGAGCCAAAGAAGCUGGCAAGUGUCCACGCCCUCCAGGCCAGUGAGUUGGUUGUCACGUACUUUUUCUGUGGAGAAGAGAUCCCGUACAGAAGACUGCUGAAGGCGCAGAGCUUGACCCUGGGCCACUUCAAGGAGCAGCUCAGCAAAAAGGGAAAUUAUAGGUAUUACUUCAAAAAAGCGAGUGAUGAGUUUGCCUGCGGAGCAGUUUUUGAGGAGAUCUGGGACGAUGAGACGGUGCUCCCCAUGUACGAAGGCAGGAUCCUGGGCAAAGUAGAGAGGAUCGAUUGAGCCUCGGCCUCACUGUGCACCACGGAGCCAAAGCCCAGAGACCUGUCUCGGGCCUACACAACAGCCACAACAUAGUUUGAAGGAAAAUGAAACCAAUUAAAAAGACAAAGUCUGGGGAGGAAGUGGCCCCUGGGCCUUUAGGAGGGUGGGGGUGGUUGGUUUUCAGUAUCCAUGAGCUGGGUACAGAGAUCAGAAAAGCCUGAACUAUUUAUUCAAAACAUGACCACUCUGGGCUAUUGAAGAUGCUGAGUGUGUUUGAGAGACUGCCAUACAUAAUAUAUGACUUCCUAGGGAUCUGAAAUUCAUAGACUAAGAGAAAACUGUGUAUAGUUUGCCCGAACAGGAGUCCUUACUGAUAUUUAUUGAACAUUCGAUUCCCCUACCCCCCCAACCCCCCCAA